AUGGCGGUGGGCAUCGUCGUGGGCGCUGCCUUCACCGACCUCAUCAAGUCUUUCGUCAGCGACUGGAUCACCCCCCUGAUUGGCGCCAUCUUCCAGGGCGGCGACUUCAACGAGUUGACCUUCAGCGUCAACGGCAGCACCUUCUUCUACGGCCACUUCAUCAACGUGUUCAUCUACUGCAAGCCCGGCCCUGCUGCCAGCCGCCAACCCCGCGUGCUGUGCUUUGCCCGUACCGCUGCAGUCCUGAUGGUGUGCAUCGUGGUGUACUUCCUGGUGGUACUGCCCAUCAACAAGCUGAUGGCCCGAGUCAACCCAGGCUACCUCCAGCAGAAGCGCCCUGACGGCUGCCCGAGUCUCUAA